AUGGAGGGCCACCUCUCUCAAGAGUGCCCCGAGCAUUCCCCAACCUGCAAAGCAGGAAAGAAUUCAGAACAAACCUGGGCAGGCAGCCUCUCCCAAGAGCGCCUGAUCCCCAGGAGUGUAAAGCAGACUGCAGAAGGGCCUAGGCCGCCUCUCCCAAGAGCGCCUAUCCUUACUGCAGAGGUGUCCAGGCCGCCUCUCCCAAGAGCGCCAACACCUCUCCACACAACCCCCCCCUGCAGACGAGUUCUCAUCGAGAGUUCCCCGGAGCCCCGACUGUUCCGAUACGGUGACAACAUGGGUCAAGGGAAGCACAGCGGGAUGGGAGGAGGGAGAAAGGCCUGGUCCGCCCGCAGAUGUCCCAUCCUGGGGAGGCAUCGGAUAGUGGGGGGCCCGUGGGAAAAGGCCUGA